GCAAGCACAAAGCAGACAAGUACAAAGCAGGCAAGUACAAAGUGGGCAAGCACAAAGCAGGCAAGUGCAUGAUGGGCAAGCACAAGGUGGGCAAGCACAAAGCGAGCAAGCACAAGGUGGGCAAGCACAAGGUAGGCAAGUGCAAGGCAGGCAAGUACAAAGUAGGCAAGUGAAUAGCAGGCAAGAACAAGGUGGGCAAGCAAAUGGCAGGCAAGCAAAUGGUGAGCAAACACAAG